AUGUCUGAAUCUUCACAAACCACUAAAACCGGACGGUCUACUCGAUCAAAGACAAAAAUCGAUCCCUCAAAGAUUAUCAAGGACGCGGUCCCCGUUACAGUUGUUCAUGCAUCCAAACCCAAAGCUCAAUCCAAUGACGCUGAGAAGCAAGGAAAAGGAAAAACUGUUGAGAAGAAGGGAACUUCUGAGGUAGGCGAUGAUAUCUCUCUUUCUACUGCUAAAAUUGCUAAAUCUAGUAAAGGAAGUUCUAAAAGAAAGAGAAGAGACUACAAGUCUAAGUUUGCUCUGUCUAUGUCUGAUUUGGUUUUUGAUUCGAAUGUUAACACAUCUGAGAAAGCAACUGAAGUAAACCCCAAAACUGUGUCUGAUGUUGUUGAAACAAUCGUGUCUACCGGUGAUAACCCUAGUCUAGAAAAAUUGGGGUCUGAUGCUGAAAAGAGAGAUCUGAAUAACAUGCCUAAAAAGGAUACACUGAAAAGGAAGAAAGAGUCAUCCAGUGACUCAGAUUAUGAUGCUGCUGAAGAUGUUGCUACCAUCUCAUCUCCCAAUCCUAAGAAGGCUACUGCAAAGAAGGUUCCUCAAGGUAGGUCUGUAGAACCUAAGGCUGAAUUAGAGGUUGCCAAUGAUGUUGUAAGUGCUGAGAUAACUGCUGGAUUGGAAGCUGAUGAAAUACCUGUCAAAGCAAGUGCGAAUGUGGCUGCUACAGGUGAUAAAGACAAUGCUGAUGAGGAUGAAGGAUAUGCUACUGCUACAGAUGAGGAUGAAGACUCUGAUAGCAGUACUAAUGAAUGA